AUGGCAGAAAAAAAAGUUAAAGAAAAAUACAAUAGUUCGUUCCCUCAUGUAAAUAUUGGGACAAUGGGUCACGUUGACCAUGGUAAAACCACGCUGACAGCUGCAAUCACGAAAGCACUUUCCAGAAUACGACUUGCCAAAUUCAAAGACUAUGGUGAUAUUGAUAAGGCACCCGAAGAAAAAAAACGAGGAAUAACUAUUAGCACUACUCAUAUCGAAUUCGAAACUGUUUCUGGGCUCGAAAAUUAUUACCGAAAAAUGGUUCUAGGCGAAGAAGUAGAUGAACACAGUUUUAACUUACAGGAAGGUCGACAUUAUGGCAUGAUUGAUUGCCCGGGACACGCCGAUUAUAUUAAAAAUACGAUUACGGGGGCUGCCCAAAUGGACGGAGUAAUUGUAGUGGUUUCUUCGGCUGAUGGUAGCAUGACUCAAACCAAAGAACACUUGCUUUUAGCCCGAACCAUCGGUAUAGAAAGAGUUGUGGUUUUUAUUAACGAUAAAACUAGCGAGGGAUUGGACGAAGAAACCAAGGCUUUGUUGGAAGCUGACAUUCGAAGCGAUUUAGAAACCUAUGGCUACGAUAAAGAAGGCGAAGAAAAAACUCCGAUAAUCGUUGCUUCAGCUCUGAAAGCCUUAAAAGGUGACACUAACGAGGAAAUUAAAAUUUUGCAACUUUUAGAAGUGGUUGAUAAUCAUAUAACUAUUCCCGAAAGAGACGAGAGCAAACCUUUUUUAAUGUAUAUCGAAGAUGUGUUUAGUAUUACCGGCUCGGGAACAGUGGUUACUGGUAAUCCUUUGCAGGGGAAAUUAAGAAAAGGUGAUGAAGUGGAAAUAGUGGGAUUGGGGCCUAAAAAGAAGUCAGUGGUUAAAGGAAUAGAAAUGUUUCAGAAAGAAAUGGAAGAAGCCAAACCCGGUGAUACUAUUGGAGUUUGCUUGCGGGAUAUUAAACUUGAAGAAGUUAGAAAAGGUCAAGCUCUAGCAGCUCCUGGCACCGUUACUCCGCAUAAAAAAUUCAAGGCUCACGCUUAUAUUUUGAGUAAGGAAGAAAGAGGUCGCCAUACUAGUUUUGAAGACGGCUAUCGUCCCCAAUUUUUUACUGCUACAAUCAAUAUAACUGGAACAGUGAAAUUGCCAUCCGAGAAAAAAGUAGAACCGGGCAGUGACAUCGAAUUCGAGGUCGACUUAAUUGAACCAGUAGUUAUCAGAAAAAAUGAUAAUUUUGCUAUGCGCGAAGGCGGAAUUACCGUUGGAAUAGCGAUUAAUGGCAGAACUACCAUUAACAAUGGCUGGGAAAUACAAAAAUUCCAAGCCCAACUAGAAAAAGAAAGAUUACUCAACAAAUUUGCCCGCAAUCCCUUAGUAGAACGGGAAAAAUUGCAAGAAUGA